AACAGCGAUGGCAGGAGGAGGGAACGAAAGUACCGCAGUUCUUUGUUCAAAUACCGAUCGUCACUGACCGCACCCGAAAAUGUCCGACGGCGGAGGGACGGACGAUCACUGCGGUACCAUGGAGGUAUCGGCUGUUCAGACGGUCGCCGACACGUCGGUACUGCAGAAGCACAUUCGGAAACUUGUACCGCUGCUCCUGGAAGAUGGCGGCGAGGCUCCGGCCUCGCUGGAAACCUCCCUGGAGGAGAAGAGCGCCGUGGAACAGAUGAGGAAAUUUCUGUCUGACCCGCAAGUUCACGCCAUUCUGGUCGAGAGAAGUGCCCUCAAAGAGGAAGUUGGUGAUGAAGGUGAGGAGGAGAAAGAGUGCAUCACCUAUAACAUCAGCAUUGAUAUACACUAUGGCAUCAAGUCCAACAGUUUGGCUUUGAUCAAGAGGACAGGUGUCAUCGAUGCAGACAAGCCAAUAUCAACCCAAGUGCGAGUUUUGACCUUGAGUGAAGAUUCUCCCUAUGAGACGCUCCACUCUUUUAUCAGUAAUGCUGUUGCUCCUUUCUUCAAAUCCUACAUUCGUGAAUCUGGCAAGGCAGACAGAGAUGGGGAUAAGAUGGCGCCAUCUGUUGAAAAGAAGAUUGCUGAGCUAGAGAUGGGCCUUCUCCAUCUGCAGCAGAACAUUGAGAUUCCUGAGAUUAGCUUGGUCAUCCACCCCAUCAUCACAAACAUUGCCAAGCAGUGCUAUGAGCGUGGGGAGAAGCCCAAGGUCACCGACUUUGGGGACAAAGUGGAAGAUCCAACAUUCCUUAAUCAACUACAGUCCGGUGUUAAUCGCUGGAUCAGGGAGAUCCAAAAGGUGACAAAGCUAGAUCGAGACCCAGCUUCAGGCACAGCCUUGCAAGAGAUCAGUUUCUGGCUCAAUCUGGAGAGGGCUCUCAACAGGAUUCAGGAGAAGAGGGAGAGCCCAGAGGUUCUACUCACAUUGGACAUUCUCAAACAUGGAAAACGUUUUCACGCUACAGUCAGCUUUGACACAGACACUGGUCUGAAGCAGGCUGUGGAAACGGUCAAUGAUUACAAUCCUUUGAUGAAAGACUUUCCUCUCAAUGACCUGCUGUCUGCCUCAGAGCUUGAUAAGAUCCGCCAAGCCCUGAUGGCUAUAUUCACACACCUCAAAAAGAUUAGGAAUACCAAAUACCCAAUACAGAGAGCACUGCGUCUAGUUGAGGCUAUCUCCAGAGACUUGAGCUCUCAGCUUCUCAAGGUGUUGGGAACCAGGAAGCUUAUGCAUGUUGCCUAUGAGGAAUUUGAAAAGGUUAUGGUAGCUUGCUUUGAAGUGUUCCAAACCUGGGAGGAUGAGUAUGAAAAACUGCAAGUGCUUCUGAGAGACAUUGUAAAGAGAAAGCGAGAAGAGAAUCUGAAGAUGGUGUGGCGUUUGAGCCCUGCACACAGAAAGCUCCAGUCACGUCUGGACCACAUGAGACGUUUCAGAAGGCAGCAUGAGCAGUUGAGGGCAGUCAUUGUCCGUGUGCUGAGGCCUCAGGUUUCUGCUGUGCCGCAACAUGCCCCUGGUGAAACAGUUGAACCUCAAGACAUGAAGGUAGCUGGAGUUCUCUUUGAUGCAGCUGAUGCCAAUGCUAUUGAGGAAGUCAACCUGGCAUAUGAGAAUGUUAAGGAGGUUGAUGGCCUCGACGUGUCUAAGGAAGGAAUGGAAGCCUGGGAGGCUGCCAUGAAGCGCUACGAUGAAAGAAUUGACCGUGUGGAGACUCGCAUCACUGCCCGCCUGCGCGAUCAGCUUGGAACAGCUAAGAAUGCCAACGAGAUGUUCCGGAUCUUCUCACGCUUCAAUGCUCUCUUCGUGCGCCCUCACAUCCGUGGUGCUAUCCGGGAGUACCAGACACAGCUCAUUCAACGUGUGAAAGAUGACAUUGAGUCACUGCAUGACAAGUUCAAAGUGCAGUAUCCUCAGAGCCAGGCAUGCAAAAUGAGUCACGUCCGGGAUCUUCCGCCUGUGUCUGGCUCCAUCAUCUGGGCAAAGCAGAUCGACCGUCAGCUAACUGCAUAUAUGAAGCGUGUGGAAGAUGUUCUGGGAAAAGGUUGGGAGAACCAUGUGGAAGGUCUGAAGCUUAAGCAGGAUGGUGAUAGCUUCAGGGCUAAACUCAGUACACAGGAAAUAUUUGAUGACUGGGCUCGCAAGGUGCAGCAGCGUAACCUUGGUGUUUCUGGUCGCAUCUUUACUAUUGAGAGUACUCGUGCCCGUGGACGCACAGGAAACAUGCUGAAACUUAAAGUCAACUUUCUCCCAGAAAUCAUCACCUUAUCCAAAGAGGUCCGCAACCUCAAGUGGCUGAGCUUCCGUGUACCUUUGGCCAUUGUCAACAAAGCCCACCAAGCUAACCAGCUGUAUCCAUUUGCCAUCUCUCUGAUUGAGAGUGUGCGCACGUACGAGCGCACCUGUGAGAAGGUGGAGGAGAGGUCGUCCAUCUCCUUGCUGGUAGCUGGGCUAAAGAAAGAAGUCCAGGCCCUCAUUACUGAAGGCAUCAUUUUGGUCUGGGAGUCCUACAAGCUGGAUCCUUAUGUUCAGAGGCUGGCUGAGACGGUUUUCAACUUCCAGGAGAAGGUGGACGAUCUAUUGCUGAUUGAAGAGAAAAUAGAUCUAGAGGUUCGGUCACUGGAGACUUGUAUGUUUGACCACAAGACCUUUUCCGAUAUCCUCAGCCGUGUCCAGAAGGCCGUGGAUGAUCUCAAUCUCCACUCUUAUUCCAACUUGCCCAUCUGGGUCAACAAGCUUGACAUUGAGAUUGAACGUAUCCUGGGAGUACGUCUGCAGGCUGGACUCAAGGCUUGGACCCAGGUGCUCCGUGGCCAAGUGGAGGACAAAGCUGAUGUGGACAUGGACACAGAGGCUCCACAAGUGAGCCACAAACCUGGUGGUGAGCCUAAGAUCAAGAAUGUUGUUCAUGAGCUGAGGAUCACCAACCAAGUGAUCUAUCUGAACCCUCCAAUCCAAUACUGUCGCUUCAAACUGUACCAGGAGAUGUUCUCCUGGAAAAUGGUCAUCCUCUCCCUUCCCAGGAUCCAGAGCCAGAGAUAUCAGGUGGGCGUUCACUAUGAGCUGUCAGAGGAGGAGAAGUUCUACCGAAAUACCCUGACCAGGAUGCCAGAUGGCCCAGCAGCUUUGGAGGAGGCGUACAUUGCAGUUGAAGACAAUGUCAGUGAAGUGGAGCAGUAUGUCCAGGUAUGGCUGCAGUACCAGUGCCUGUGGGACAUGCAAGCUGAAAACAUCUACAACCGUUUGGGUGAAGAUCUCAAUAAGUGGCAGGCCCUACUGGUCCAGAUCCGCAAAGCUCGCGGAACCUUUGACAAUGCAGAGACACGGAAGGAGUUUGGACCUGUGGUCAUUGACUAUGGCAAGGUCCAGUCAAAGGUGAACUUGAAAUAUGACUCAUGGCACAAAGAAGUCCUGAGUAAGUUCGGUCAGAUGCUUGGUCAGAAUAUGCAAGACUUCCAUGCACAGAUUUCCAAGUCCCGUCAAGACCUGGAACAGCAUUCUGUUGACACAGCGAGCACCUCAGAUGCUGUCAACUUCAUUACAUAUGUUCAGACGCUGAAGCGCAAGAUCAAGCAAUUUGAGAAAAAUGUGGAUCUGUUCCGUAAUGGCCAGCGUUUGCUGGAGAAACAGAGGUUUCAGUUCCCUCCAUCCUGGCUCUACAUUGACAACAUUGAAGGAGAAUGGGGUGCUUUCAGUGAUAUAAUGAAACGUAAAGAUACCGCUAUCCAGCAGCAGGUGGCCAAUUUACAGAUGAAGAUUGUGCAAGAGGACAAAGCUGUGGAAAAUCGCACUAGUGACUUACUCAGUGACUGGGAAAAGACCAAACCAGUUGCUGGCAACUUGAGACCAGAGGAGGCCCUGCAGUCUUUGACCAUCUAUGAAGGCAACUUUGGUCGUCUGAAGGUGGAAAGGGAAAAAUGUGCCCGUGCCAAAGAGGCCCUGGAGCUGACAGACACUGGCCUGCUCAGUGGUAGUGAAGAAAGAGUGCAGGUGGCACUAGAGGAGCUACAUGACUUGAAGGAGGUGUGGUCAGAACUGUCAAAGGUUUGGGAGCAAAUCGACCAGAUGAAAGAACAGCCAUGGGUGUCUGUACAACCUCGUAAGCUUCGUCAGAGUCUGGAUGCUUUGGUGAACCAACUGAAGAACUUCCAAGCCAGACUGAGACAGUACGCUUCAUAUGAAUAUGUCCAGAGGCUGCUGAAAGGAUACCUGAAGGUUAACAUGUUGGUAAUUGAACUGAAAUCAGAGGCUCUCAAAGACCGCCACUGGAAGCAGCUGAUGAAGCGUUUGCAUGUAAACUGGGUCCUUUCAGAGCUGACCCUGGGUCAGAUCUGGGAUGUGGAUUUGCAGAAGAAUGAGAUGGUGGUGAAAGAUGUCCUCCUGGUAGCCCAAGGAGAGAUGGCUUUGGAAGAAUUUCUUAAACAGAUCCGUGAAGUUUGGAAUUCCUAUGAACUUGACCUGGUGAACUACCAAAAUAAGUGUCGUCUGAUUCGAGGCUGGGAUGAUCUCUUCAACAAGGUCAAGGAACACAUUAACAGCGUGUCUGCCAUGAAGUUGUCUCCUUACUACAAGGUAUUUGAGGAAGAUGCCCUUAGCUGGGAGGACAAGCUGAAUCGCAUCAUGGCUCUGUUUGAUGUCUGGAUUGAUGUCCAGCGUCGCUGGGUCUAUUUGGAAGGCAUCUUUACAGGCAGUGCUGACAUCAAACACCUGCUUCCUGUAGAAACCCAGAGGUUCCAGAGUAUCAGCGCGGAGUUCUUGGCACUGAUGAAGAAGGUGACAAAGUCUCCUUUAGUGAUGGAUGUGCUGAACAUACAGGGAGUACAGAGAUCCCUGGAAAGACUGGCUGACCUGCUUGGAAAAAUCCAGAAAGCUCUAGGAGAGUACCUGGAAAGGGAGAGGUCCUCAUUCCCCAGGUUCUACUUUGUUGGAGAUGAGGACCUUCUUGAGAUUAUAGGCAACAGCAAGAAUGUGGCCAAACUUCAGAAGCACUUCAAAAAGAUGUUUGCUGGAGUCUCCAGCAUCUUGCUCAGUGAUGACAACACUGAGGUGCUAGGUAUCUCUUCCCGUGAGGGUGAGGAAGUUCUCUACAAAACACCGGUCUCUAUUACAGAGCAUCCCAAGAUCAAUGAGUGGCUGACGCUGGUGGAGAAGGAGAUGAGGGUGACGUUGGCAAAGCUACUUGCUGAAUCUGUCACAGAGGUUACAGCCUUCAACAAAGGAACAGCUGUUGACCUCAACCAGUACAUUGACUGGAUUGAUCGUUACCAGGCCCAGCUAGUAGUCCUCUCCACUCAGAUUGCCUGGUCUGAGAAUAUUGAAUCCGCCUUGACCACCAUCUCUGGUGGUGGUAAUAUGAAGCUCAUGCACGGUGUGCUUUCAAACGUUGAAGCCACCCUUAAUGUGCUCGCUGACACUGUCCUGAUGGAACAGCCCCCACUUCGCAGGAGGAAACUGGAGCAUCUGAUCACAGAACUGGUCCACCAACGUGAUGUGACUAGGGCUUUGAUCAAGAACAAGAUUGACAAUCCCAAGUCCUUUGAGUGGCUCAGCCAAAUGCGCUUCUACUUUGAUCCCAAGCAGACUGAGGUCCUACAACAGCUGUCCAUUCAGAUGGCCAAUGCCAAGUUCAACUAUGGCUUUGAGUACUUGGGAGUCCAGGACAAGCUUGUGCAGACCCCACUGACAGACCGCUGCUAUCUAACCAUGACUCAGGCACUGGAAGCUCGUCUUGGAGGGUCACCAUUUGGUCCUGCUGGCACUGGAAAGACUGAAUCAGUGAAGGCACUUGGUCACCAGCUGGGCCGCUUUGUCCUGGUCUUCAACUGUGAUGAGACAUUUGACUUCCAGGCCAUGGGUCGUAUCUUUGUUGGUCUGUGCCAGGUCGGUGCCUGGGGCUGCUUUGAUGAGUUCAAUCGACUCGAGGAGAGAAUGCUGUCUGCUGUCUCCCAGCAGGUCCAGUACAUCCAAGUGGCCUUGAGGGAGCACAGCAACCCCAACAGAGACAGGAGUGUACCUGUGACCACGGAACUCCUGAACAAGCAAGUGAAGGUGAGCCCGGACAUGGCCAUCUUCAUCACCAUGAACCCCGGCUACGCUGGCCGCUCCAACCUACCUGACAACUUGAAGAAGCUGUUCCGCAGCUUGGCCAUGACAAAACCUGACCGCCAGCUCAUUGCCCAGGUCAUGCUCUACUCUCAAGGUUUCCGCACGGCUGAGGUCCUCGCCAAAAAGAUUGUGCCCUUCUUCAAGCUUUGCGAUGAGCAGCUCUCAUCCCAGAGUCACUACGAUUUUGGCCUGCGAGCUCUCAAGAGCGUGUUGAUCAGUGCUGGUAAUGUAAAACGGGAGCGCAUCCAGAAGAUCAAAAGGGAGAAGCUUGACCGUGGUGAGGUUGUUGAUGAGAAUGAGAUCGCUGAGAAUCUUCCUGAACAGGAGAUCCUGAUCCAGAGUGUAUGUGAGACCAUGGUUCCCAAGCUAGUGGCAGAGGACAUCCCUCUGCUUUUCAGCCUGCUGUCAGAUGUCUUUCCUGGAGUCCAGUACCAUCGUGGAGAGAUGACUGCACUGAGGGAAGAGCUGAAGAAGGUCUGCAUGGAAAUGUACCUCACAUACGGGGAUGGUGAUGACGUGGGCAGCAUGUGGGUGGAGAAGGUGCUACAACUGUACCAGAUUACACAGAUCAACCAUGGGCUUAUGAUGGUAGGCCCCUCUGGUAGUGGAAAGACAAUGGCAUGGCGGGUCCUGCUCAAGGCCCUGGAGAGACUAGAGGGUAUUGAGGGUGUGGCCCACAUCAUUGACCCCAAGGCGAUCAGUAAGGAUCAUCUGUAUGGCACACUGGAUCCCAACACCCGUGAAUGGACAGAUGGCUUGUUCACGCACAUCCUCAGGAAAAUCAUUGACAAUGUCCGAGGUGAACUGCAGAAGCGUCAAUGGAUCAUCUUUGAUGGCGAUGUUGACCCAGAAUGGGUUGAAAACCUCAACUCUGUCCUGGAUGACAACAAGCUUCUCACCCUGCCCAAUGGGGAGCGUCUCAGCUUGCCACCGAAUGUGCGAGUCAUGUUUGAAGUCCAGGACCUGAAAUAUGCCACCCUUGCUACCGUGUCUCGCUGUGGUAUGGUGUGGUUCAGUGAGGAUGUCCUCAGCACUGACAUGAUCUUCAACAACUUUCUGGCUCGCCUCCGUAACAUCCCACUGGAUGAGGGAGAGGAUGAAGCCCAGCGCAAGAGAAAGGGCACAGAGGAUGAAGAGGAGGCUGCAUCACCAAUGUUGCAGAUCCAGCGUGAUGCUGCAGCAAUCCUACAGCCUUACUUCACUUCCACAGGUCUGGUCAUCAAGGCCUUAGAGCACGCAUCCAAGAUGGAACACAUCAUGGACUUCACUCGAUUGCGCUGUUUGGGUUCCCUGAUCUCGAUGUUGCACCAGGCCUGCCGUAAUGUUGCCCUCUACAACAACAACCACCCUGAUUUCCCCAUGCCUAUUGAUCAGUUGGAGAGAUAUAUGCAGCGUUAUCUGAUCUAUGCUGUGCUCUGGUCCUUCUCUGGUGAUGGAAGAUUGAAGAUGAGGGCAGAACUUGGGGAAUAUAUCAGACGCAUCACAACUGUACCCCUCCCCUCUGCUCCCAAUAUCCCAAUCAUUGACUAUGAGGUGUGCAUUUCAGGUGAGUGGCAGUCUUGGCAGGGCAAGGUGCCCCAGAUUGAGGUGGAGACCCACAAGGUGGCCUCCCCUGAUGUUGUGGUUCCCACGCUGGACACCGUGCGCCACGAGGCUUUGCUGUACACAUGGCUGGCCGAACACAAGCCGCUUGUGCUGUGUGGACCUCCUGGAUCUGGAAAGACCAUGACUUUGUUCAGCGCUCUCAGGGCUUUGCCUGAUAUGGAGGUUGUAGGUCUAAACUUCUCCAGUGCCACCACCCCAGAGCUGCUACUGAAGACCUUUGACCACUACUGCGAGUACCGUCGUACCCCCAAUGGUGUGGUCCUUGCCCCUGUGCAGCUUGGCAAAUGGUUGGUGUUGUUCUGUGAUGAGAUCAAUCUUCCGGACAUGGACAAGUACGGCACACAGAGAGUCAUCUCUUUCCUCAGACAGAUGGUGGAACAUGGAGGAUUUUACCGCACCUCAGACCAGACUUGGGUCAAACUAGAGAGAAUUCAAUUUGUAGGAGCCUGUAAUCCUCCCACAGAUCCAGGCAGAAAGCCACUCACACACAGGUUCCUGCGUCAUGUUCCUGUUGUAUAUGUGGACUAUCCAGGACCAGCUUCUCUCACACAGAUUUAUGGAACAUUUAACCGGGCCAUGCUGCGGCUCAUCCCAUCUUUACGCACAUAUGCUGAACCCCUGACUGCUGCCAUGGUGGAGUUCUACACCAUGUCCCAGGAGCGGUUUACCCAAGACACCCAGCCUCACUACAUCUACUCUCCAAGAGAGAUGACCCGCUGGGUGAGAGGAAUCUUUGAGGCCUUGCGCCCACUUGAGACCCUGCCUGUGGAGGGACUCAUUCGAAUCUGGGCCCAUGAGGCUCUUCGCCUCUUCCAGGAUAGGCUGGUUGGAGAUGACGAGAGAAGGUGGACAGAUGAAAACAUUGACACAGUUGCUGUCAAGCACUUCCCUAACAUUGAUAAGGAAAAGGCUCUGUGUAGGCCCAUCCUCUAUAGCAAUUGGCUGUCAAAGGACUAUAUCCCAGUGGAACAGGAGGAGCUGAGGGAUUACGUGAAGGCCCGUCUGAAGGUCUUCUAUGAAGAGGAGCUGGAUGUCCCGCUGGUGCUCUUUAACGAGGUGCUGGACCAUGUCCUCAGAAUUGACAGAAUCUUCCGUCAGCCUCAGGGUCAUCUCCUGUUAAUUGGUGUGAGUGGAGCAGGAAAGACUACUCUUUCUCGCUUUGUUGCAUGGAUGAACGGGCUAAGCGUCUACCAGAUAAAGGUCCACAGGAAAUACACUGGUGAGGACUUUGACGAGGACCUUCGUACGGUGCUGCGUCGCUCAGGGUGCAAGAAUGAGAAGAUCGCCUUCAUCAUGGAUGAGUCCAAUGUGCUAGAUUCUGGUUUCUUGGAGAGAAUGAACACACUACUGGCCAAUGGAGAGGUUCCUGGCCUUUUUGAGGGAGAUGAGUAUGCCACUCUGAUGACUCAGUGUAAGGAAGGAGCGCAGAAAGAGGGUCUGAUGCUGGACACACAUGAGGAGCUGUACAAAUGGUUCACCAGCCAGGUCAUAAGGAAUCUCCAUGUUGUUUUCACCAUGAACCCAUCAUCUGAAGGCCUGAAGGACAGAGCUGCUACAUCUCCUGCCCUCUUCAACAGGUGUGUCUUGAACUGGUUUGGUGACUGGUCCACUGAAGCUCUUUACCAAGUGGGUAAGGAGUUCACUAGCAAGAUGGACCUGGAGAAACCCAACUACAAGGUUCCAGACUACAUGCCCAUUGUUUAUGACAAAUUGCCUCAGCCGCCAUCCCAUCGUGAAGCUAUUGUCAACGGCUGUGUGUUUGUACACCAGACGCUUCACCAGGCUAACAACCGUCUUGCAAAGCGUGGUGGUCACACUAUGGCCAUCACUCCACGCCACUACCUGGACUUCAUCAACCAGUAUGCUAACCUGUUCAAUGAGAAGCGCAGCGAGUUGGAGGAGCAGCAGAUGCACCUCAAUGUCGGGCUCCGCAAAAUCAAAGAAACAGUUGAUCAGGUUGAGGAGCUUCGCCGUGAUCUGAGAAUUAAGAGCCAGGAGUUGGAAGCAAAGAAUGCUGCUGCCAACGACAAGCUGAAGAAGAUGGUGAAAGACCAACAAGAGGCUGAGAAGAAAAAGGUAAUGAGCCAGGAGAUCCAAGAAGCUGUGUACAAACAGCAGGAGGUGAUCAGGGACAAACAGCUGAGAGUCAAACAGGACCUGGACCAAGUGGAACCUGCCGUUAUUGAAGCUCAAAAUGCUGUUAAAUCGAUUAAGAAACAGCACCUGGUGGAGGUGCGUUCCAUGGCAAACCCACCUGCUGCUGUGAAGUUGGCUCUGGAGUCCAUCUGUUUGCUACUCGGCGAGAGCACAACUGACUGGAGGCAGAUCCGUUCAGUCAUCAUGAGGGAGAACUUCAUCCCCACCAUUGUCAACUUCUCUGCAGAGGAGAUUAGUGACUCCAUUCGUGAGAAGAUGAAGAAGAACUACCUCUCUAAUCAAAGCUAUAACUAUGACCAAGUCAACAGGGCCUCACUGGCUUGUGGACCCAUGGUUAAAUGGGCAAUUGCUCAGCUUAAUUAUGCUGACAUGCUGAAGCGUGUAGAGCCUCUGCGUAAUGAACUGCAAAAACUUGAAGAUGAUGCCAAGGACAACAAGACGAAGGCCGAAGAGGUGGAGCAGAUGAUCAGAGACCUGGAGGCUAGCAUUGCUCGCUACAAGGAGGAGUAUGCCGUUCUCAUCUCUGAGGCCCAGGCCAUCAAGGCUGACCUGGCUGCUGUUGAGGCCAAGGUGAAUCGCAGCACAGCACUACUGAAGAGUCUGUCAGCUGAAAGAGAACGCUGGGAGCAGACCAGUGAGACCUUCAAAAACCAAAUGUCCACCAUCGCUGGAGACUGUCUCCUCUCUGCAGCGUUCAUUACCUAUGCUGGUUACUUUGAACAACAGAUGAGACAAAACCUUUUCACUACUUGGUCUCAUCACCUGCAACAAGCCAACAUUCAGUUCCGUACAGAUAUCGCCAGAACUGAGUACCUCUCCAAUGCAGAUGAGAGACUUCGUUGGCAGGCUAACUCUCUUCCAGCUGAUGAUCUCUGCACUGAGAACGCCAUCAUGCUCAAGAGGUUCAACAGGUACCCGCUGAUCAUAGAUCCAUCAGGCCAAGCCACAGAAUUCAUAAUGAAUGAGUAUAAGGAUCGUAAGAUCACCAGAACCAGCUUCCUAGAUGAUGCUUUCAGGAAGAACCUGGAGAGUGCCUUACGUUUUGGAAACCCACUGCUAGUCCAGGAUGUGGAAAGCUACGACCCCAUCCUGAACCCAGUGCUGAACAGAGAGGUCCGCAGGACUGGAGGACGUGUCCUCAUAACCCUAGGAGACCAGGACAUUGAUCUGUCACCUUCAUUUGUCAUCUUCCUCUCCACACGGGACCCGACGGUUGAGUUCCCACCAGACCUGUGUUCUCGUGUGACAUUUGUCAACUUCACUGUGACACGCAGCAGCCUUCAGAGUCAAUGUCUCAACGAGGUUCUAAAGGCUGAAAGACCUGAUGUUGAUGAGAAACGCUCAGACCUCCUCAAACUGCAAGGUGAAUUUCAGCUGCGUCUCCGCCAGUUGGAAAAAUCGCUGCUACAGGCACUCAAUGAGGUCAAGGGUCGCAUCCUUGACGAUGACACCAUCAUCACCACACUGGAGAACUUGAAGAAGGAGGCUGCCGAGGUGACCAGGAAGGUGGAAGAGACAGAUAUUGUCAUGGCGGAGGUGGAAACAGUGUCACAGCAAUACCUGUCUCUGUCUUCUGCCUGCAGCAGCAUCUACUUCACCAUGGAAGCACUUAACCAGAUGCACUUCCUGUAUCAGUAUUCCCUUCACUUCUUCUUGGACACCUACCACACAGUGCUGUAUGAGAACCCCAACCUCAAGAGCAUUAGUGACCAUUCACAGAGGCUCUCUCUCAUCACAAAGGACCUCUUCCAGGUGGCGUUCAACAGAGUAGCUAGAGGUAUGCUGCACCUGGACCACAUUACCUUUGCUAUGCUUUUAGCAAAGAUCAGCCUAAAGGGCAUGACCAGUGAGCCAUCAUAUGAUGCAGAGUUCCAGCACUUCAUGCGUGGUAACGAAAUAGUACUAAAGGGCAUGUCGUUGCCCAAAGUGAAGGGUCUGACCACUGACCAGAGUGAAGCCAUGGUUCGCCUCAGCCGCCUGCCAGCUUUCAAAGAUUUAGUGGAAAAAGUUGAGGCAGAUGAUCAAUUCUUCAUGUGGAUUGAGAGCAACACUCCAGAGUUGGCUGUUCCAUAUCUGUGGUCUGAGGAGAAGCAGUCUACUCCUAUUGGCCAGGCAGUGCACCAGCUGUUGCUAAUUCAGACCUUCCGUCCAGACCGUCUUUUGGCCAUGUCACACAUUUUUGUCUCUAAGGUUCUGGGAGAGAGCUUCAUGAGUAUCAUCGAGCAGCCUCUUGACCUGGCUAAUAUUGUAGAUAAUGAGGUGAAGCCCAGCACUCCAGUGUUGAUGUGUUCUGUGCCUGGUUAUGAUGCCAGUGGCCUGGUCAGAGAUCUUGCUGCUGAACAGAACAAACAAAUCACUUCCAUCUCCAUUGGUUCAGCUGAAGGCUUCAAUAAGGCUGACAGAGACAUCAACACUGCUGUCAAAUCUGGAAGGUGGGUGAUGUUGGAGAACGUCCACCUGGCUCCUGGAUGGCUGAUGCAGCUAGAGAAGAAGCUGCACUCCAUGCAGCCUCAUGCCAGCUUCAGGCUUUUCCUUACAAUGGAGAUCAACCCUAAGGUGCCAGUAAAUCUGCUUCGUGCUGGUCGUAUCUUUGUCUUUGAACCUCCUCCUGGUGUCAAGGCGAACAUGCUGAGGACCUUCAGCAGCAUCCCUGUGGCUCGCAUGUGCAAGGCUCCCAACGAGCGUGCUCGCCUCUACUUCCUCCUAGCUUGGUUCCACGCGGUCAUUCAGGAGCGUCUACGCUAUGCACCACUGGGUUGGUCCAAGAAAUACGAGUUUGGGGAGUCGGACCUCCGUUCUGCCUGUGACACAGUUGACACAUGGCUGGAUGAUACUGCUAAGGGUCGCCAAAACAUCGCACCAGACAAGAUUCCUUGGGCAGCACUGAAAACUCUGAUGGCCCAGUCGAUCUAUGGCGGCCGUGUUGAUAACGAGUUUGACCAGCGGCUGCUCAAUACCUUCCUGGACCGCAUUUUCACCAAGGGCAGCUUCGACAGCGAGUUCAAACUCGCUGUGAAGGUGGAUGGACAUAAAGACAUCAAGAUGCCUGAUGGCAUCCGACGUGAGGAGUUCAUGCACUGGGUAGAAAUGCUUCCUGACACCCAGACUCCAUCUUGGCUUGGGCUCCCAAGCAAUGCUGAAAAGGUCUUGCUCACCACUCAGGGCACUGACAUGAUGGGUAAGAUGCUGAAAAUGCAGAUGUUGGAGGAUGAGGAUGACCUUGCCUAUGAGACGGAAAAGAAACAACACACUUCGUCCACAUCCGAUGCCCAGCCCACCUGGAUGAGGACCCUCCACACCACCGCUUGCAACUGGCUGCAACUUAUGCCCCAAACAGUCAACCCACUCAAACGCACAGUGGAGAACAUCAAGGACCCGCUGUUCCGCUUUUUUGAGCGCGAGGUGAAAAUGGGCGGCAAGAUGCUCCAGGACAUUCGUCAGGAUCUGUCUGAUGUGAUGCAUGUGUGUGAAGGCAAGAAGAAGCAGACCAAUUACCUUCGCACACUUAUUAGUGACCUUGUUAAAGGCAUCCUCCCACGCAGCUGGUGUCGGUACACAGUCCCCACAUCCAUGACUGUGAUCCAGUGGGUGGCAGACUUCAGUGAGCGCAUCAAACAGUUGCAGCAGAUUUCCCAGGGAGCUGCAAGCGGUGGUGCAAAGGAGCUGAAGAACAUCCAUGUGUGUCUGGGCAGCCUGUUUGUACCAGAAGCGUACAUUACCGCCACCCGUCAGUAUGUGGCGCAGGCGAACAGCUGGUCUCUGGAAGAGCUUUGCCUGGAGGUUAAUGUCACCAACGCCCAGGGCGCCGCGCUGGACGCCUGCAGCUUUGGCAUCAAAGGUCUGAAACUGCAGGGAGCAACAUGCACCAACAACAAGCUGUCUCUGUCCACAUCCAUCUCCACAGAGCUGCCUCUGACUCAGCUCCGCUGGAUCAAACAGAGCAACGCAGAGAAGAGACACAUGGUGACUCUGCCCGUGUACCUGAACUUCACCAGGUCAGAACUCAUCUUCACUGUUGACUUCGACAUCGCCACCAAGGAAGACCCACAUAGCUUCUACGAGCGCGGUGUCGCUGUGCUGUGCACAGAGUAGAUGAAUUAUUCAUGAAGAUCAGACUAUAUUUGACUAAGUCAUGUAACGCUCAAUAACUUUACCAACCAUUAAUUGGAAAGUAGUUUGUAGUCUUUCAUUCCGAUCUAAAAUAUACUUAAACAUUUAUGGUGUGCUAAUAUGCACGUAGCCAUUCUUGGUGUUUUUGGAAGUGGUCCUGGAUGAUCUUAAUGAAUGUUGUCAGUUGGUUCAUAUAUUUAUAUAUUUAGGCUCUGAUAUUGUUACAUUAGUCGUCACCACAUAUUAGUGUUGAAGUUAAAUGAGCUUGUAGAAAGACUGUCUACUUCAGUUUUAGGCAAAUUAUAUUCAGACUUGUUGAACGGUGUUGAAAUUAUAACACUUAAAUGCCGCUCGUGGAUGAAAGGAAGAACACGUAAAAGGUCAGGUUUAAUGUGGGCUUCAUAAUGUAGUAUUUAAGUCUUAUUUUGAAGAUUAAAAACAAAAUGAAAGGGAAAAAAAAAACAGUACUGCUUCCAACUGUACCGUGCUACCUUACAAAGUAAAACUGUUCAGAUAAAAAAAUGUUGCAAUUAACUUCACUGCAAAAAAAUGACACUUAAUUGUAAAUUGGGUAUUAUUGGGUAAGAUGUGACUCUUCAGAUGAGUUUUAAGAUGCUGUCAUGAAGUGCUUUGUGAGCUCAUACUUUCUCUAAACUCAAAUGUUGUGAUAAACUAAAAUAAAAAUGUAGUCAGUGUCAAAUAUGUUUGAAUAGAAAUUGAAAUGGGAGCAGGAAAGUUGACAGUAAAGCAAACCCUUGAUUUUUAAGAUGGAAUAAAGCUUGCUGGAAUGA